AUGUGCGUCUUUGUCGUCUGCUCACGCUGCUGGGUUCCAGUUUUAAACCUAGGCCUGUGUAUGGCUUCCGAAUACUGCUGCCUCCACCGCCACCCUGCGCCAUGUGCCUCUGUCGUCUGCUCACGCUGCUGACGGCUUCCGCUUUUUAAACUAGUCCUCUGUAUGUCUUCCGAAUACUGCUGCCUCCACCGCCACCCUGCGCCAUGUGCCACUUUCGGGUCUCCUCACACUGCUGCCAGGUCCAGAGUGUGUCAUGGGUCCCUGUACGUACGGCCUCCCAUUGCUGCUGACUUCAUCGCCAGACUCUGCCAUGUGCCACUUUCAGGUCUCCUUACACUGUUGGUGGGUUCCAUUUUGUGAUAGGGUGCUGU